AACGGCUCGUGGAACAGGAUUUAGGAUUCGAGCUCCGGCUGCGCUGUGUGUAUUUCAUAGGCAAAUCAUGUGUAAUCAAAUUACACAGCCUAACCUCAUUCUCACUCUCAUUCUCAUUUCCAAAUGAUUUGAGACACAUUGCUAGAUAUUUAACUUCAACUAAAGCAAGUAUGUCUUUAGAUAACGUACGUUUAGCUCUAAUUUAAGAUGAUAUCAAAUGGAAUGAAUUUUGUGUUGCCUUGAAUACAGCUGUAAUAUUUAAUUUCCUGUCCCGAGAUCAGAUUAAAUGAUUUGUGCCCUGGGGUGCAGGACAUUCUGGGUUUGUUAAGACUGUAAGAUGAGACAUUAUGUACAUAGCAGAAGUGUAUAAAAUAUAUAAAGUAGAGACUGGGAUCUGGUUCCCAGGCUAUAAGUAGUUUUUGAGGUGGGGAAAGAAAAAAAAACCCUCCUGAGAUCAUCAGAAACUUUAGUUGAAAUAAUGUCUCGUCUCUAUGGGUCUCUUGUUUUAUUCUGCUUUCUGCCAUCUGUAGUGCCUCUGUUCUGUUACAAGUGCAUGGUUCCUGCUAUCACACCUCUGCCUCUGGACUGUAUCGGUAUCCCUACACUUUGUCCUCCAGGACAGAGCUGUCUUUCCAUCAAGGCCACUGCACAGAGAGGGAACGUUCAGGUGGUCCUACGUGAAAAGAGUUGUGGUCUCCCAUCGGUUUGUGGGCUCUCCGGAAAGAAGUUUGUGAUGGGUUUAAACUUCACCUUCACCAACGAGUGCUGCGAUUCAAACCUGUGUAACGGAACUGCAGUCCCUCGGAGCGUCUUCUCCAUCGGCACCCUGCUCUGUCUUCUUCUUCCAUUUGUGUUUUUUGUCUAAAGGAAUAAUACUAUUUCUGAGAAAUAAGAUCUGACGUUGGUACUUUUUUUUUCAUACUAAGCACAUGGAUAUCAAAGUAUGGAAAUUUACUGUUUCUUUAGUGAACACUUGAAAUGCUGUUUGAAAAAUUUAGUGGUUUUGCAAAAAGAAUAAACUAUUCAAACCUCUGAAUUUUCUGCAGGCCUUGGGGCUAUGAUCAUGAGCAUCACUUACCUGAUACUACCCUCUUGUGGUAAAAUGUUGAAACAUUGAAAACCUUAGGGAAUGUCCUUUGUUUUGCCAUGUUCUUUGUUUUCAGCUACCUUAAGAUUGAGUAAAUGCUGUUCCACAGA